CAAUAUGACAGUUGGAAAACAGGGAUCAGUGAAUGCACUUGUACAUGACAGUCAAACAAUUUAUAUAAGUCCGGAUAUUGCACCUACCUGUACAGUUGACAAAUUAGUUGGAACAUGUGAUAACCUGAAUACCACGUCUUGUUCAGGAGUGACAUGGAAUAGUCUAGCCACGAUAAUAUAUACAACUGAACUGUCGUCUAUUUCUGGGUCAACGGGAUGGGCAUUCGAAAUGAGCAGUGACCAUUCAUCCCCCAUAAAUAUAAGUGCAAGUGGUGAUUGCUGCACGCCAUCUGCAUACCUAACAGUGAUCGACAAAAAUAGUAACGUUGCCAGAUGUCAUUUCUAUCUCGGUAAUGUAUAUCCAGUACAGACCACCUCGAAACAAUUGCUGACAACAACAGAACAGAUUGCUAUAGCAGUUAUUGGUGGAAUUAUUGGCGCGUGUUUAUUUGCAUCGUUGGUAACUGGAAUAAUAAUAUAUCGAAAAGCUAUCAAACCAAAACUGGGGGCCAGUAAAAUCAAUACUCUCAAAUCAAACAGUUAUCCACAUCAGGAGAAAUCUGAUUCAACAGAACAAUUCAAAAAUGUUUCUGUACAUUUAAAUUGAGUUU